UCCGAAAACAUAUAUUCCAAGUUGACAGUUUUUUGCUUCGGAAGUGUGAAUGUCGACUGCUCCGAUUGUUUAUCAAAAACACCCUAUUUUACAUCGCUUUCAGAAAGGAAUUAUUGCAAUCUAAUUUUCCGAAUCCGAUAUUGGAAUUAUUAUAAAAAAAUAAAAUAAAAGAGAUGUCUGAAAAAAUUGGGGAAAAAGUUAUUUUCACCUCAGCAGAAAAAUUUAAAAAUGAAGCAAACGUGUUUUUCAAGAAUAAGGAAUAUGACCGAGCAAUUGAAAUGUACACCAAAGCAAUUGAAUUGGAUCCAAAGAAUGCAGUCUACUAUGCUAACAGAAGUUUAGCACAUCUUCGACUGGAAAUGUUCGGAUCAUCUUUGGAAGAUGGAAUUUUAGCUGUUAAAAAUGACCCAACUUAUUUAAAGGGUUAUUAUCGUCGUGCAGCGGCUCAAAUGAGUUUAGGCAAAUUCAAAAAAGCCCUGAUGGACUUUGAAUUUGUUGCAAAGAGGAGACCUAACGACAGAGAUGCGGCCAUGAAGUACUCUGAGUGUAAUAAACUAGUGCGAAAAGCUGCUUUUGAGAAGGCCAUUUCAAGCGACAUCCCUGAAAAAACACUAGCCGAACUACAUAGCGACUUGGAUUCGAUUGAAAUUGAAGAUGAUUACGAUGGACCAAAGCUAGAAAAUGGGAAAGUUACCCUUGAAUUCAUGGAGAAUCUCAUGGAGUAUUAUAAAGACCAGAAGAAACUGCAUAGAAAAUACGCGUAUAAGAUUUUGUGCGAAAUAGAUGUCUAUCUCCGCAGCCAACCAUCUUUAGUCGACAUUACAGUUCCAGAUGAAUCAAAAUUCACUAUUUGUGGUGAUAUACAUGGGCAAUUCUUUGAUCUUAUGAAUAUCUUCAAGUUGAAUGGACUACCCAGUGAACACAAUCCGUACUUAUUCAAUGGUGACUUUGUUGACCGUGGUUCAUUUUCAGUCGAAUGCAUUUUUACUUUGUUCGGUUUCAAGUUGUUAUACCCAAACCACUUCUUUCUAUCACGUGGAAACCACGAAAGCUACAACAUGAACCAAAUGUACGGCUUUAGUGGCGAGGUAGUUGCAAAAUACACCAAUACAAUGUCAACGAUGUUCACCCAAGUUUACAAUUUUCUGCCACUGUGCCAUUGCAUAAAUAAACGUGUACUGGUGAUGCAUGGGGGACUAUUUGCACAAGAUAAUGUUACUCUGGAUGAUUUGCGCAAUAUUGAGCGAAAUCGUCAGCCACCUGAAGAAGGUUUAAUGUGUGAUUUACUCUGGAGUGAUCCUCAACCCGGACAGGGACGCGGAUUUUCCAAACGUGGAGUAGGUAUACAGUUUGGACCGGACAUCACCGAAAAAUUUUGUACCCAAAAUGGUUUAGAUUACAUUGUUCGCAGUCAUGAAGUGAAGGCAAUGGGCUAUGAGGUUGCGCACGGUGGAAAAUGUAUAACGGUUUUCAGUGCUCCGAACUAUUGCGAUACGAUGGAUAAUUUAGGGGCAUUCAUCACGCUGAAUGGAAAAGACAUAGACAAACCCAAUUUCACCACGUACCAGGCGGUGCCCCAUCCAAAUGUGAAACCAAUGGCAUAUGCAAGCAGUCUCAUGAGUUUGAUAGGAUAGGAUACUGUUCUCUUUAAAGGUUCAAACUGUAAUAAAUAAGCAAUCAAUAUUGUGAAAUCCAGGAAAAAACCAACAAAUAAAUUUUUAAUAUUAAA